AUGUUUGACCUUCCAGAGGAGCAUAGCCAUCAUCCUCGCCACCCGCAACACGCGCACCCGUUUCAUCAUCUUCAGCAGUACCCGCUGCCCAUCUCACCGUCUCCAAUGAAGGAGGAGGCUCUCAGCGGUCAACUGUCCAGUAUACGGAACUGGAUGCAACCCACUGUGGUGGAUCCGGCUGUGGCCAAUAUUGGUCUCAGUCGGGCGCACUUCGAGAAGCAGCCGCCCAGCAACUUGAGGAAAAGCAACUUUUUCCACUUCGUGCUGGCCUUGUACGACCGCCAGGGGCAGCCUGUGGAAGUCGAGAGGACCACGUUUGUCGACUUCGUAGAGAAGGAGCAGAUCACGGAUGGCGACACUCAGAAAACAAACAACGGCAUUCACUAUCGCGUGCAGCUACUAUAUGCAAACGGAAUCAGACAAGAACAAGACAUGUACAUACGACUUAUCGACUCCGUCACUAAGCAGGCCAUUGUCUAUGAAGGGCAGGACAAAAACCCAGAGAUGUGUCGAGUCCUGCUUACACAUGAAAUUAUGUGCAGCCGGUGUUGCGAAAAGAAAAGCUGUGGCAAUCGUAACGAGACUCCUUCCGAUCCUGUAAUAAUUGACAGAUUUUUCCUCAAAUUUUUCAUGAAAUGCAACCAGAACUGCCUAAAAAACGCUGGCAAUCCGAGAGAUAUGAGGCGAUUUCAGGUAGCCAUUUCCACAUCUACUGCAGUCGAUGGGCCGCUGCUGGCCGUCUCCGACAACAUGUUUGUUCACAACAAUUCCAAGCAUGGGCGUCGAGCAAGACGGCUAGACCCCACUGAGGGAGCCACGCCCUGCAUCAAGGCCAUCUGCCCCAGUGAAGGUUGGACCACCGGUGGUACCACGGUCAUCCUCAUCGGGGACAACUUCUUCGACGGGCUCCAAGUGGUCUUUGGGACCAUGUUGGUCUGGAGUGAGUUGAUAACUUCCCACGCUAUUCGCGUCCAGACACCGCCUCGGCAUAUUCCCGGAGUAGUCGAGGUCACACUAUCGUACAAGUCGAAGCAGUUUUGUAAAGGAGCACCGGGAAGGUUCGUCUAUACAGCAUUAACAGAACCAACAAUCGACUACGGCUUCCAGAGGUUGAUGAAGUUGGUUCCUAGGCACCCGGGAGACCCCGAGAGAUUACCCAAG